CUUGUUUUCUCCACACAAGUUCUUUGCCACUUAGCUAACUACUUCUGCUACUACUUCUGAUUCACACAAAAUAACAAACACCAUCUAUGGAAUUCAUUUCCUUAUUGUUUAUGCUAUUCUUUGUUUCAAUUCUCUUUGUCUUUCUCUUCCAUUCUAUCUUCAAAUUCUUUGAUUUCAAUCCCCGGAAUUUGCCACUCCCUCCUGGCUCAUUGGGUUGGCCUUACAUAGGCGAAACCUUCCAACUCUACUCUCAAAACCCAAACGUCUUCUUUGCCUCUAAACUGAAGAGGUAUGGCUCUGUCUUUAAAACCCACAUCUUGGGUUGUCCCUGUGUGAUGAUUUCAAGUCCUGAAGCUGCUAAAUUCGUGCUUGUAACAAGAGCUUAUCUGUUCAAACCAACAUUUCCUGCAAGUAAAGAGAGGAUGUUAGGCAAACAAGCCAUCUUCUUUCACCAGGGAGAUUACCAUGCUAAGUUGAGAAAACUUGUACUUCGUGCCUUUGUUCCUGAAGCAAUCAAAACCAUCGUCUGUGAUAUUGAAUCCAUUGCCAAAGACUCUCUAAAAUCUUGGGAAGGAAGAAUUAUAAACACUUUCCAGGAAAUGAAAACUUACACAUUCAACGUUGCACUACUUUUAAUAUUUGGAAAGGAUGAGUUCCUAUACAGAGAAGAUCUGAAGAGAUGUUACUACAUUCUUGAGAAAGGAUACAAUUCAAUGCCCAUUAACCUGCCAGGGACACUCUUCAACAAAUCCAUGAAAGCAAGAAAAGAACUUGCUCAGAUCUUGGCAAAAAUUCUCUCUAGCAGAAGGCAAAUGAAGCUCGAUAAAAAUGACUUGCUUGGAUCCUUCAUGGGUGACAAAGAAGGCCUCACAGACGAUCAAAUAGCUGAUAAUAUUAUAGGUGUAAUCUUUGCAUCUCGUGACACAACUGCUAGUGUUCUAACAUGGAUUCUCAAGUACCUUGGAGAAAACCCCAGUGUUCUUCAAGCUGUCACUGAAGAGCAAGAGGACAUAGUAACAAGUAAAGAGAAGGGUGGUGAGGAAGAGCUUCUCACUUGGGCAGAUACCAAAAAGAUGCCAAUUACUACAAGGGUGAUUCAAGAGACACUGAGAGUUGCUUCAAUUUUAUCUUUCACUUUUAGAGAAGCUGUUGAGGAUGUUGAAUAUGAAGGAUAUCUAAUCCCAAAAGGAUGGAAAGUUUUGCCACUUUUCAGAAACAUUCACCAUAGCCCAGAAAUAUUUCCAGAUCCUGAAAAGUUUGAUCCUUCAAGAUUUGAGGUUGCACCAAAGCCCAAUACUUUUAUGCCAUUUGGCAAUGGGGUCCACUCAUGUCCUGGGAAUGAGUUAGCUAAACUGGAGAUAUUGAUCCUCCUCCAUCACCUGACCACUAAGUACAGAUGGUCUAUGGUGGGAAAAGAUAAUGGGAUUCAGUAUGGACCUUUUGCCCUUCCCCAGAAUGGGUUGCCAAUCCAAUUGUCCAAGAAAUCAUAGUUUUGAUCUCUAACUCCAAGAGAAGAGAAAAACAAACUCAACUUUCUUUAUAUGGAAAAUGCUUGCCUUUGUAGAUGAUCUUUCUUCCUUUCUUCAAAGGAAUGUUGAAGAGAAAAGAGAGACACCAAACAGAUGCAAUUUAGCUUCAAAAGAUUGACAGUUCAAGCAAAGAAAGAAAAUUUGAAGACUGUUAUACAAAAAGGGAAAUCAAAUGUACAGAAGAGUCUCAUACCCUGAAAAAAAAAUAUUUAUUUUGACUUUUUUAUGAUUUGAGAGUGGAAAAAAAUAGAAAAAAAAAAAAGAAAAAGAUUAGUGCAUUAUGCUUAUUGGGUUUAAUCCCAAAGUGGGAUUGGUUGUAUUUAACUACAUAUAGAUUAGAAUUUGAAGCCGCAAGGCAAAAAACUAGAAAAUGGAAUUUGAUUUAUAUAGCUAUAUCCUUUCAAUUUCUCUUUCA